AAGGUUUUGCCGUUUCCCAGAAACAUAAACGUUUAGGCCUACUACAUCACUGGUGUGGUAACUCCCCCUCGUUUACACUUCCUGUUAUGCACAUGUGCAAGAUGAAACCACCUCCCACUGUACACGGUGUAUGUGUCUCAUCCGUCUGCACAGUUCUCACUGACAGCACAGCUGUGGUAGCCGAGGAGAAGCCAAACUAACAGACAUACAGAAAGAAACGAAUAACCAAGCUACUGAGGCUGCGGAUACUCAACUGGCUGAUAAUUAACAGACUGGAUUUCAGCGGGAAGGAUCAUUUGAAAACAUUUUGGUUUGGGUUAGUUAGUUUUUGAGGCACCGUUUCUAACAAGUCUGGACUGUACCUGAGACAGCUGUGGAAUGUGUAUGAAGCUCUCGUAAAGAAAACCAGUUUAAAUUGCUACCAGGACUGUGACAGUGAACUGAAGAGAUCACACAGUCAAACCAAUGGAUUCAACAACAAACUCCUCAAACUCAACCGAAUCUUGUGUUGAUAUUAAAGCAAGUCCCAUCAGUGACCUGUUGGUGUCCGUUUAUAUCCUGGUCUUUAUCUUCGGUCUGCUUUUCAACCUGAUGACGAUAUGCCCCAUUUGGCAUCAAGUAAAGCAGCAAAAUGUGCUGGGAACCUUCCUCCUCAGUCUGUCCAUUUCAGAUUUGUUUUACAUUAUCACCUUGCCUCUCUGGAUCAACUAUUACCUGAACGACCACCGCUGGCAGCUGCCCCCUUGGACCUGUAGUGUAGCUGGCUUCUUCUACUACUCCAACAUGUACAUCAGCAUCUUCCUGCUCUGCUGUAUCUCUGUGGAUCGCAGCCUCUUGGUCUGUUACCCUCUGCACUUCAAGAUCUACCGGACGUCUCGCUACGCCUGGUUCCAGAGCGCUGCCAUUUACAUUUUAGUGGUGGUACUGCACAUUGUCAUUCUGAUCAAUGACAAUAUCAAAGACGCGCACGAUGAUGCAAACAACAAUGAUCGCUGUUACGAGAACUUCCCCAUGCCGGAUAAUGUGGCCAUCUUCAACAUGGUCAGAGUGGCCGUUGGGUUCCUGUUGCCUCUGGUGGUGUUAACUGUAAGCUACUGGAAAAUUCUGGCCACUGUGGACAAAAGCCCCGGCCUCAAUGCUCAAGCUAAGAGGAAAGUCCGACUGCUCUCCUAUGGUGUGAUUGGUAUCUUCUCGGUGUGCUUUGCUCCCUAUCACAUCUUGCUGCUGGUGCGCUCAAUUGUGUACUACAGGGCUGAUGACCAUUCAGCUGGAGGAAGUUAUUGCAAAUUUGAACAGAACAUGCACUUCGCCUUCUCCUGCACGCUGGCGCUGUCCAGUCUAAACUGCGUAGUGGACCCUGUGUUGUACGCCCUGGUCAGCAAUGGAAUCAGAGACAAAAUGACAAUGUGCUUGAGACUGAAACAGCGAUCGGCACAAGAUAACUGUACUUUGACUCCAUUAAAAGAAAGAAGUAGUAAUCUUAUUUAAAUCAUGUAUUUGAAAUCUGCAUGUAAAAAAAUAUGUAUAUUUAUUUAAAUGUAGACCUAUUUACAAUACAGAAACGGUAAACAUUCCACUAUCACAGGAAUGUAAACAAGUCAGUGUUUAUUUUGACAACAGAAUUUCAUUUAGUUUUAUUUGUAGUAUCCAAAGUAGCUUUAAUUAUAUUUUAGUCAUAUUGACUACUAGUUUUAGUCUAGUUUGAGUUGUGUAAACAUCAAAAUAUUAUAGGUGUCUAAUCUACAGUACAGUUUUAGUUGACAAACGUAUAAAAGAUAAGUAUUGAUGUGGUUUGGUUAAUUAAAGCUUGAGAACAUUUUCUAUGGAAAAAAUCUUGGAAAUAAACAUACUAUAAAUAGAGAUACAAAGACUUAACUUAUUUGAAAACAUUUUGACAUUUUUACAACUUAUGCUUUCUUUUACAUUUUUAUACAACACAUUCUUAUCCCUUAAACUCGGGUAUUGUUUAUUAAAAACAUGUAAUUACUUGAUACUGUUAAUGUAAAUAAAUAUUAGUAGGGAAUAAAACCAUAUUUCUAAAACAUGUUGUAUCUAUUCUUAUUUUUUUUCAUACACUUAGAAUCUUGCUGUACAUCCAUCGGGUGUCACACCUUGUAAAAUUAAGCACUUGAUUAAUAAUAAUUGUAAAUCCAAUACAUUUAUUUAGAAUUUAUUUACAAAACAUAUCAUUUUUAGAAAUCCAUCAUUCAUUUAAUGUCAGAAUGAACAGUUUGCAAAUGUCAUUUUAAGUUUAUUGUUGUUGUGUAACAACCAUUGACAUAAAUGGAGAUGGUCAAAACAAGGCUGUUCAGUCGCCACAUGCUCUUAUUGAGGCAUCUGAUUGGCUAGUUUAUAACUUAAAAAACUUACAAUAAAGAAAAUAUACCAUGAAGAAAAAUUUGGUUUACAAGAACAUGUUGAAAAGAGUUGCCAGAGGAAGAAUGAUUAUUCUGACAAACAGAAUGACUGAGUAAUAGCUGCUUAUUUUUCAAUACAAGUCUAUGGGAUUUGGCGGGUACGUCCUAUUUGAAACGUGAGGGAGGGGGGGAUGAUCAGUCCAGUUCUUUCUAUGCACUCUCUAAGUUACAACUUCUUAUUUUGGUCUCUUUAUGUAUGAAGUUUGUCUAUAUGUUGCCUCUUCUUUCUCUCUGUGUCACUUUCACAUGGAAAAUGUUUGCAGCAUCUUCUCAGGUUACCAAGGUAACCAAUAGGGUUCAAGCCGCACUAUGCCAGACCUUAGUCUGAUUGGAUCCAUUUGUACUUCUUUCCUUUCAUUGUCAACAAUUACUGUAAUUGGAUGCCACCACCAAUGUACUUUGUCAUGUUUUUUAUUCAAUAAUGAUGAUGUCAAUUUCUUUUGUUGAAGUUUUUAUCCCUAUGCAGGAAUCAUUAAAGUAUAUUUUUGUUUGGAAAA